AUGUCUCUAUUUUCAUGUGAAACAAUCUAUUUACUUUCUUCAUGUGUAACAAUCUAUCUAUCUAUCUAUCUUCACAGGAAUCUAUGUUCAUUUGGAACUAUCUAUGUCCAUGUGAAACAAUCUAUCUAUCUAUAUUCAUAUGAAACAAUCUAUUUACUUUCUUCAUGUGUAACAAUCUAUCUAUCUAUCUAUCUUCACAGGAAUCUAUGUUCAUUUGGAACUAUCUAUGUCCAUGUGAAACAAUCUAUCUAUCUAUAUUCAUAUGAAACAAUCUAUUUACUUUCUUCAUGUGUAACAAUCUAUCUAUCUAUCUAUCUAUCUAUCUAUCUAUCUAUCUAUCUAUCUAUCUAUCUAUCUUCACGGGAAUCUAUGUUCAUUUGGAACUAUCUAAUUCCAUAUGAAACAAUCUAUCUUCAUGUGAAAGUAUAUCUCUAUAUUCAUGUGAAACAAUCUAUCUAUCUACAUGUAGACGGUUGCCUUGUAGUGUUGAUUGAGCGCAAGAAGGGACAAGAAGUGGUGUUCAUGAAGUUAUGCUGGAAAGAGAAUAGUUAA